AUGCCGGUCGACGCGCUCUUUUUACUCUAUCCACUGCAACGAGAAGAAUUUCCCGCAAGACAACUAGGACGGUAUUCGGACGAGGUCGUCCGCAAAACUACCUCAAGCACACCGCCUCCGACUCUUCAGCAUCAACCCGAGAUCGAGCCACUGGAGGUUUCUCUCCAACCGUCCAUCUCAACAACACCAUCACCAAAAAAGCGCAAGGCAUCCGAGUUGGAGAUCGGAACGAGCAUUGAAGCAAACGAAGAGCAGAGUCGUCCGUCUCACAAACGGGGCAGGUUUGAAGUCGCCCACGGCUCCGUGCCACACGCCACCCAUGUUGAACACCUAGGUUCUGGACAAUCUCCAUCGGCUCCGCACAAUGGUUCUCGUUCAUCCUCGGUCCCGGGAUCUUCAAGCUAUUUCACACCUCCAUCAUCGCCUUCCCAAGAUGAACACCGCUUGAAAUAUCACAAUAUUGCGCAGCGUGAAGAUACGCUAGCAAGAACAGAGCCAAGCAGCAAUGGUUUUGCUUUCUCCCCGGCCCUUUCGGGCGCUAUCUCCGGCUCCAGUCUCAGUGGCCUUCAAGACCUAGUCGCCCUUGGGGUUGUGGGCCACAACCACCCAUCCUCCGUCCGACAGUCUCCGUCUACCAUCUCAGGGGUCAUUCUGAAUGGCUUUCACCUCCCCCCGCUCGGCCUCACACACUGCACUGCGGAAUAUGCCCCCUCCCCUCCCGCUGCUAUUUCCACAGGCGCCCUUCCUAGCAUCUGGGAUGUCUUCAGCCCCAGUGCUCUCCCGCACCGGUGUGCCGUCCCCAGUCCCGGGUGGAACGCACACACAGACACGGCUUGGAAUCAUCCCAUCCCACGCCUCUACCUCCCCUGCUCACCCAGCGCUUUUGGCCAAUUCGAGGACGGCGGCCUCCCAAGCCCCUACCUCCCUUCCUCGCCCGGCGCUUUCGACCAAUUCCUGGGUGGCGACAUCCCAGAUCUCCUACUUCCUCCUCCUCUUAUUAACCAGUUGGAGGACGAUCUGAUUCCGAGGAGCCCAUAUAUCCUCGCACCACUCCUCGCGAACCCGCCCCCUGCGUCCGAGGUCCGCCUGGCCCCAUACGGCGACCUCGUGGCGUGUGGAAUAUUGCCCGGGCCCGCACGGACGGCCACUUGA